AUGGCGCAUAGCAACGGCAACGGCGACCUGCUCCUUGGCAACGGUGGCAUCAUCCCGGCAACCGGCGGCAUCAUCCCGGCAACCGGCGGCAUCGCCACGGCAACGGCAGGCCCUGAGGCGGACGCUGGCUCGCCGCGCGGGAAGCCCGCCCAGAACGGCGUGAGACCCCCCCCCUGCUGCCACCGCUGCCCCUUCCACCCGCCCCUCUGCUGCCACGGCAACCAGCAGGACUGCCACAUCUUCCAGAACCGCUCCCCGGUCCACCCCGCGCCAUGCUGUCUGCAGCAGCACCGGGCCCAAGAACACUUCCAGAACCAGCCCGGGCCCCACAACACGGCAAACAUGAGCUCAAGACCUUUUCGAUUCCCAAAAAGUUAUGCAGCGCUGAUAGCCGAUUGGCCGGUGGUGGUGCUGGGCGUGUGCACGGUGCUGAUCGUGGUGUGUGCCUUGGUGGGCAUCCUCGUUCCAGACCUCCCCGACUUCUCCGACCCCCUGCUGGGGUUCGAGCCGCGAGGCACAGCCAUUGGUCAGCGCCUGGUCACAUGGAACAACAUGGUGAAGAACACGGGCUACAAAGCGACGCUCGCCAACUACCCCUUCAAAUACGCCGAUGAGCAGGCCAAGAGUCACCAGGAGGAUCGGUGGGCAGAGGAACACUUCGACAGAGACAAGCGGCAGGUGGAAUGGGACUUCAGCAAGGACAGCUUCUUCUGUGACGCGCCCGGGGACCGUUACUCCAGGCUGGUGUUCAGCUCCGCAGAGGGGAAGAACCUGUGGAACAUACAGGCCAUCAAAUCCAUGUGCAGUUUGGACAACACACGGGUGCGGUCCCACCCUCAGUACUGGACGCUCUGCCAGCGGACCUCAGACGCGUCCUGCUGCCCCAGCUGGACCCUGGGUAACUACAUCGCCGUGCUCAACAACAAGUCGUCCUGCCAGAAGAUCACGGAGCGCGACGUGUCCCACACGCUGAAGGUGCUUCGCUCCUGCGCCAAGUUCUACCACAACGGCACGCUGGGGCCCGACUGCUGGGACAUGGCCACCCGCCGCAAGGACCAGCUCAAGUGCGCCAACGUCCCGCGGAAGUGCACCAAGUACAACGCCGUCUACCAGAUCCUCCACUUCCUGGUGGACAAGGACUUCCUGGGGCCCAAGAGCGCGGAUUCGCUGAUCCCCGCGCUGAAGUACAGCAUGCUGUUCUCGCCCACGGAGAAGGGCGAGACCAUGAUGGACAUCUACCUCGACAACUUCGAGAACUGGAACGCCUCGGACGGCGUGACCGCGGUGACGGGGAUCGAGUUCGGGAUCAAGCACGACCUGUUCCAGGACUACCUGCUGACGGACACGCUGUACCCGGCCAUCGCCAUCGUGAUCGUGCUGGCGGUCAUGUGCGUGUACACGCGCUCCGUCUUCAUCACGCUCAUGACCAUGUUCGCCAUCAUCAGCUCGCUCAUCGUGGCCUACUUCCUGUACCGCGUGGUGUUCAGCUUCCAGUUCUUCCCGUUCAUGAACCUGACGGCGCUCAUCAUCCUGGUGGGCAUCGGGGCGGACGACGCCUUCGUCCUGUGCGACGUCUGGAACUACACCAAGCUGGACCGGCCGGACGGCGAGCUCGCCAAGACGGUGGGCGUGACUCUGCAGCACGCGGCGCUCUCCAUGUUCGUCACCAGCUUCACCACGGCCGCGGCCUUCUACGCCAACUACGUCAGCAACAUCACCGCCAUCCGCUGCUUCGGCGUCUACGCCGGCACCGCCAUCCUGGUCAACUACGUGCUGAUGGUCACCUGGCUGCCGGCCGUGGUGGUCCUGCACGAGCGCUACCUGCUCCACCUGUUCACCUGCUUCAGCCCGCCCCCGCACGGCCACCCCGCCUUCAGCACCAAGAGCUUCUGGAACUUCCUCUGCCAGAAGGCGGACAAGUGCCUGUUCGCGGCCUCCGAGGUGUCGCGCAUCUUCUUCGAGAAGGUCCUGCCCUGCGUGGUGAUCCGGUUCCGCUACGCCUGGCUCUUCUGGUUCCUGGCCUUCACGGUGGGCGGGGCCUACGUGGUGUGCGUCGACCCCAAGAUGAAGCUGCCCUCGCUCGAGCUGUCGGAGUUCCAGGUGUUCCGCUCCUCGCACCCCUUCGAGCGCUACGACGCCGAGUUCAAGAAGCUCUUCAUGUUCGAGCGCGUCCACAACGGCGAGGAGCUCCACAUGCCCAUCACCAUCAUCUGGGGCGUCACCCCCAUCGACAGCGGGGACCCCCUCAACCCCAAGAACAAGGGCAAGCUCACGCUGGACGCCACCUUCAACGUGGCCAGCCCCGCCUCCCAGACCUGGAUCCUCAACUUCUGCCAGAAGCUGCGUAAUCAGAGCUUCGUGCACCAGUCGGACGAGCAGGACUUCACCAGCUGCUUCAUGGAGACCUUCAAGCAGUGGAUGGAGAACCAGGACUGCGAGGAGGCGCCCGUGUACCCCUGCUGCAGCCAGUCCGUCUUCCCCUACAAGCAGGACGUCUUCGAGCUCUGCAUCAAGCGGGCCAUCAUGGAGCUGGACCGCAGCACCAUCUACCACCUGGACAGCAAGACGCCCGGCCCCCGCUUCGACAUCAACGACACCAUCCGCGCCGUGGUGCUGGAGUUCCAGAGCACGUACCUGUUCACGCUGGCCUACGAGCGCAUGCACCAGUUCUACCGGCAGGUGGACCUGUGGAUCCAGGAGGAGCUGAAGACCGCCCCGCCCGGCCUGAGCUACGGCUGGUUCGUCAGCAACCUGGAGUUCUACGACCUGCAGGCCAGUCUGUCGGGCGGCACGCUGGUCGCCAUGGCGCUGUCGGUGGCGGUGGCCUUCAGCGUCAUGCUCCUCACCACCUGGAACGUGCUCAUCAGCCUCUACGCCAUCGUGUCCAUCGCGGGCACCAUCUUCGUGACGGUGGGCUCGCUGGUGCUGCUGGGCUGGGAGCUGAACGUCCUGGAGUCCGUCACCAUCUCCGUGGCGGUGGGGCUGUCGGUGGACUUCGCGGUGCACUACGGCGUGGCGUACCGGCUGGCCCCGGAGCCCGACCGCGAGGGCAAGGUGGUGUUCUCCCUCAGCCGCAUGGGCUCCGCCAUCGCCAUGGCGGCGCUGACCACCUUCGUCGCCGGGGCGAUGAUGAUGCCGUCCACCGUGCUGGCGUACCGGCAGCUGGGCGCCUUCAUGAUGCUGAUCAUGUGCGUGAGCUGGGCCUUCGCCACCUUCUUCUUCCAGUGCAUGUGUCGCUGCCUGGGCCCGCAGGGGCGCUGCGGCCAGAUCCCGCUGCCCAAACGCCUGCACUGCCCCGGCCUGGCCCCGGCCCCGGGCCCCGGCCCGCCCGCCGGGCGCGGCGGGAAGCUCUGCGGGGAGGUGGAGCACGAGCACUACGAGCUGGAGCCGCUGGCGUCCGGCGCCGACCGACCCGCUGACGACCCGCAGGCCUGCGCCCGGCUCCUCAACGGCGCCCCCGUGCCCUUCCUGAGCGAGGCCGAGUCCGACGCCAGAACCGCCCAGAACGGCCCGGCCGCUGUGCCCGAGCCCGGUCCGCACGCCUGCAGGGACCCCCAGCAGGGCCGGGGCGCGCCCUGGACCCCCCACGCCUGCUCUCAGCCCGGGGACGCCCCCCCGCCGCCCUGCUCUGGCCCCUGCAUGCCCCCUGGUGGCCUCCCCCUGCAAGGACACGCCCUGAUCUCCGCCCUGGAGUGCCAGGCACACUACCUCCACCACGCCCCGGCGGCUCCUCACCUGCCCCGGCACCCCCCCCACUGCCCGGCCGGCCGGGGGCAGAGACACGCCCCCCAGGCCUGCCCCCUCAGGACCUGCUGCCCCGCGAACACGGUGCAGCAGCAGCAGCAGCCUCCGGACCACCAGGGGGAGCCGGACUCCAGCGGCGUCCCGGACGAGCCCCCGAGGUGGGGCAGACCUCACUGCUCGGGCCCCAACGGGGCCGUGACCCCUGACCCGGCGGUAAAAACUCUGAAGCCGGGAAAGCGCCCGGCCCAGAGCGGUGUGGACAGGCCGCCCGAGCCGGCCGACCCCUCCCAGGAGGCCUGGGGCCCCGCGGGCCGAAAGGAGGGCCCCGCCAGGAGGUGCAGGCCCAAGCACAGGGCCAAGCCCUCCUCCUGCUUCAACAGGACUCUGAAAGAUAAGUGCAAUUCUCUGGACUCUCGCCUCAGGCCCAAACCCGAAUCCACAGUGCCUGCACUCGCUAUGAACUCUAAACCCUCAUCGGAGAGCUUGUGCUAAAAUAUUAAACGCUUAUAAAAGGAACAACCUCAAAAAAAAAAAAAAA